GUUGAGGCUGCUGGUGAAUCCGCCUCCUCUCUCCUCCUCUCCCGCCCCUUUGCUGUCUGCUAGCCCGAGAAAGCGGCUUUAACUGCGGGAGGAACGGAUUAAAAAGCGAGUGACGUGAUUCUGACGUCAUGGCUUUCGAGGAGGUGAAGAAAAAAGCAGGCACAGAGGGCGCUGUGCUGGAGUGCGGGGGGAUCGAGGAGGUGGGGCUUGUGGCGGGGCGGAGUCAGCGUGAGAAGAAGCGCUCGUACAAGGACCUGCUGCGGGAGGAGGAGGAGAUCGCAGCGCAGGUGCGCAAGUCAUCCAAGAAGAGAGGCAAGGACAGUGAGUUCUAUCUGGGGGGCGGAGACUCCCACAAGAAAAGGAAGAAGCAGCAUUCCACUGACGAGUUUCACUGUGGAGACUUCUCUCCCUCCCACUCCUCCAAAAAGAAGCAGCAGAAGCCUGCGCCCCCCGUCCCUCCCCCCUCCCUGCGGGACACAGACACAGCCAUGGGCCUCCUCAAAGCUAUCACCUCCCCGCUAGCCACCGGUUCAAAACCAGCCAGCGCGGGGGGUGGGACCGGGGGCGGGUCCGGGGGAGGAAGUGGGAGGAGCCACCCUCACAAACCCGCCUACCCUCCGUCUCACAAGCACAGCCACCACCAUGGCAAACACAGCGGCAAGGGAUCCCCCAAGCUGAACCAGAGACACCCCAAAAAGACAGGCCGGCAGGGAGAGGCCCCGAAGACAGCCGGGACGGAGGGGCUCAAAGUCAAGCUGAUUCUCUCCCCCAAGGAGAAAGGGGAAGGGGAGAGGGGAGCGGGGCUGGGAUACCCCUCCCCUCACAGCGCCGGGGGGAACCCCAAAAAGUCCCUGAAGAAGCUGAGCAGAGACGGGGCGGCAGGAGGGGGGGGAGGAGGAGGGGUUGCCACGGUGCUGGUGAGCAAGACAGUGAAGAAGAAGCACACCAAGGAACCCCUGCCAGCCGUGGGAGAGGAGAUAGAGGUGGAAGGCAGGUUCGAGCCCGGGUUCUAUGGGGACGUGCCUGGUCUGGGGGUGCUGAGUCAGGGGAUCCCCCUGGCCGAGUCGGGCUCCUCCUCGGGGGGCGAGCUUGAGGCCGGGGAGCUGGUGAUCGACGACUCGUACAGAGAGGUGCACAGCAGCAGCAGCAGCAAGAAGAAGAAGAAAUCGAAAAAGAGCAAGAAGAAGAAAGAGAGGGAGCGAGAGAAGGAGAGAGGAGAGAAGCACAAAGGAGAGAGGAAGCACAGCAAGAAGACCUCCGGCCAGGGCCACGCCCCCGGCCACGCCCCUUCCACCGGAGCCAGCCUGCUCUCUCCCGAACACGCCCACCCCCUCAGCACGCCCAAUCACGGGGCGGCGGGGGGAGGGGUCUACCCUGGAGCCACGCCCACCUCAGGCUCGGGGGGCGGGGUGUACCUGAUGGCCCGGCCCACUGUCUUCCCUCACCAUGCUGGGGAAUCACAGAGUGAGGGAAAGAAGAAGAAGAAAUUGAAGGAAGAGAAGGAUGAUAAAGAGAAGCCCAGGAAGAAGAAUAUGACAGCGUACCAGGUGUUCUGCAAAGAGUAUCGAGUGAACAUCAACUCUCUCUCUCUCCCCUCUCUAGUGUUUGGAGAGCUGAGUCGGAAGUUGGCAGAUGUUUGGAAGCAGCUCCCAGAAAAAGACAAGCUGGUGUGGAAGCAGAAGGCUCAGUACCUCCAGCACAAACAGAACAAGGCCGAGGCGACCACUGUGAAGAGAAAGAGUGCCGGUUCUGAUGGGUGCGCCCCCAAAACUAAAGGCCCUUCCUCCCGCGUGGCCACACCCCACAGGAAGUCCCCCUCGGGGGGCGUGUCUCUCUCUCUCUCGCCCGCCCGUCUGCCCGACUCUGACCCCAUUGACGUGGCAGCACACCUGCAGCUGCUGGGAGAGUCUCUGAGUCUCAUUGGACACAGACUGCAAGAGACUGAGGGUAUGGUCGCAGUGUCAGGCAGUCUGUCGGUGCUCCUGGACUCGAUCCUGUGCGCUCUGGGGCCCCUCACCUGCCUCACCGCACAUGUGCCAGAAAUCAACGGCUGCCCCAAACCAGUGCUGGUCAGUCACUGCGUGAGAGUGUGUGUGUGUGUGUGUGUGGUUUGUUGUUCGAACUGCAGUCGAUACACACUGGACAACGUUGCAUACUGA